AGGAUUCAGGAGGAGAUGGACAGGCUAAGUAGGCAGAAUGUGCAAGCAGACAAGAGAGCCAACCAAGAGAUGGCACCACAGUGUCCAGCUGAUGUCAAUUCGCCCCAGGUAAGGAGCUCCUUGGAUGGACUGACACUCCCUCGGCGUCCUCUCCUCAAUCAGCCACCAUGGAGGAACUCCAGAGAAAACUGAAUCAGCGCUAUGAAGGCACCAAGCCCAGAAAGGUUAGGUUCAAGUUGGCGUCAUCCUACAGCGGCCGGGUGCUGAAGCACGUGUAUGAGGAUGGUCAGGAGCUGGACAGUCCAGAGGAGAAAUACCCUCACAGCUUCGUUCACCGCAAGAUCCCUCCCAGCCACCUGGAGGUGGAGCAGCUCUGUGGGUUUGAGGAUUCUCAUGGGGACCAACAAGGUGUCUAUCCUCCAACAGGGCUCAUUGCCCAGAGAAUAAACGUGUACAGAGGAAUGGGAAGCUACAAGCCUGCUGCAGGCCAGACUGAGGAAGCAGAGGAUGGUGCCAAAUCCCCAGUGUUGGACUUUGGCAAGAUCAUCAUCUACACCAGCAACCUGCGCAUCAUCAGAGCGCCACCGAGGAAGCCUGAAGCGUUACGGCACCACACAGUGCCUCCUCUGGACUUUGAGGGAUACCCAAAGGCCAGGGAGAGGGGCAGCAGGAGGAGGGCUAAAGCUCUUUGCACACAGGAAGGGGAGGAGAAGGAGGAGAAACAGAUCAGCGACACAGAGACCAAGGAGGCAGACAGCUGCCAGGAUUGUGGCGGUUCGGGCUGCGCUCCCUGCUCUCUGUGUCACGGUAGCAAGCUGUCCAUGCUGGCGAACCGCUUCAAUGAGUCCAUCAGUGAUCUGCGUUGCCAAGCCUGCUACCCCCAUGGUCUGGAGAAGUGCCAGUCCUGCUCCAGCAAAUAGCACUGUUUGGCUGACACCCAUGUCUGGCAGAGAGAGUGAGUGAGUGAAUGAGAGUGUGUAGCUGUGAGUGAGUGUGUGCCCGAUGUGCUAUGGGUUUGUCACAAUUGUCUCAGCGGCAAUAUUGCUCUAAUCCAAAGUGUUCUUGGUGGGGCGUUUCGAAGCACUACUAGGAAACAUAAGCCAUCACUGGAAAGGGGGAAUUAUGAAUUGUGCAGCGGGCAAAAAAUCAUAAAAUAGAAUUACUGUGUGCAGUGAACAUGGCUUGCGAUAACACAAACGCAUAAUCACUUUUUUGUUGUCAGGUUAUUUUGCAUCUGCACCCUUCUUUCUGACAAAACCGGGUUCCACGACAGAGUUAUCAGUUUAAUUAAAAUGAUGCAAACAUUUUGCUCUUUAUUUCAUCUACUGGGAAGGCUGCCCUGUUCCUAUCUCCUGUCUCUGUUCACCAGAGAGAAUGAAGCCCUUUGUAUCCCAACAUGUUGUACUAUACCAGGGUAACUGAUGCUUUAAUUUUUUUCUUUGUCAAAAUAGGGGGAGAGGAGACAGGGAGAUAAAGAGUUUUAGAUGGAGGGAUAAUAGGAACUACAGCCAAUAUGAGAGAUGAGAGCGAGUCAAAAGGAGACAGCUGCAUAAAUGGCAAUAAAAUAAAUCAAGUUUGAUCAAGUGCACUCCACCCACCAAUGGCAAAAUGCACUCCAGCUUUAAGGAAAGUGACACAGAGGCACUAUUUAGCAAGCUACUAGUGUCAGUGAAGAGUCAGUGUCACACUUUUUAAAGCCACAUUUAAAAAAAAAAAGAAAUACUGACUUUGGGUUGCAUAUCACUUUAUGAUGAGAUGAGAAGAAAAAGAGAACAGUGAAAUAGUUGAUAAUAUAACUGUAGGCCCGCUCAGGAGGUUAAAUGAUGGCAAUUAUAAUGUUUUCUUUUAUUAUUUUUUUAAUAAUCUCAUUCUCAGGUUAUUGCCAUUAAAAUUAGUUUCAAAGCUUUACCCACAGUUUUGGUAUAUGAAUGAAA